CUAGUGUUUACAUCAGACAAAUAGAGCAAAGGACAAGACUUGAACGGGCCGCGGGAAGCAGGAAGGCCUAUGAUUGGCCUUAUGAGUUCAGGCCACUUAACAUGGAUGACAAGGAAGUGUUAGAAACCGAAGCAAUUUACAGAGAAAAAGAAAAAACACAUCCAGAUGGAGGAUAUGGAUGGGUUGUCGUUUUCUGUGGCUUUUCAAUCCAAUUUGUUGCAGUUGGUUUGCAGAAUUCUUCAGGAACGAUAUUUCCAGCACUUAUAGAAGAGUAUAACCGAUCAAAAGGAGACACAGCAUGGGUUGGAUCCCUCGGUAUUGGCGUCAUGUUCUUCUGUGGGCCAUUGACAACAACAUUAUGCGAGAAAUACGGCUGUCGUAUUGUUGGCUGCAUUGGAGCAUUUUUGUGCGUCUUUGGACUUGUGAUGUCAUCUUUCGCACGGUCACUUGAAGUAAUGUAUAUCACAUAUGGAGUCACGUGGGGACUUGGAGCCUCUUUCUGUUACUUUCCAACACUUAUAAUUCUGGUGCAGUACUUCGAUAAGAGGCUGGCACUGGUCAAUGGAUUCGUGUCAGCGGGCAGUGGUAUGGGGACUCUAGCGAUCAGCCCUCUUGUGCAAUACAUUCUGCUCGAGCUUGGCUUGUUUAACAGUUUACGAAUAUUGGCGCUUAUAAAUGCCUUGAAUUUAUUGUGUGCGCUGACUUUUAGACCAGUGGCUGAAAAGUACGCUAGUUUACAAAAGAAAUAUCGUGAUUCUCCCAUAAAUAGUUCUGGCAAAAAGAAAGGUCCAAAAUCAAUUUGGAAGGAAAAGUCGUAUAUUGCAUGGAUCGUUGCAUUAUCGACAUUCAUGCUUGGAUAUUUUGUUCCCUUUGUUCAUUUGAAACGACAUGCUGUGUUGAUUGGGGUUCCAGACGAAAAAGCCUCUUUCUUGAUCGGUAUCCUCUCUAUCACUUCGACCAUUGGCAAAGUCUUUGCAGGGAAAAUCGCGGACAUGAGACAAGUAAACAUAUUCUACAUGUACCAAGCUGGACUUCUAACGAUGAGCUUAUCUACAACCUUACUGCCAGUUGGGCGAGGCUACCCAGAGCUUGUGUUGUACGCCUUAGUGUUUGGUCUUGGUGAAGCAUGUUUUGUUGUGCUUAUUCCGUUGGUUACAAAAGAGAUCGUUGGUAUUCGUAGACUUUCACCUGCAUUGGGCAGUCUCUUCAUGAUCAUGUCCAUCCCAACCAUGCUUGGGCCUCCUGUGGCUGGAUGGCUGUACGACUUUGCGGGCAGUUACUCUGUGGCAUUUUACGUCGCCGGUGGGUUCAUGGCGGCUGGAGUUUGUCUCAUCUUCCUGAUACCGUUUUGUGCUGAGCCUUCGGGUGGCGAUGAAGAGGCGAUGAGAAUUCUUACGAAGCCCAUGGAUAAAGAGGCCAGUGAUAGCAUUGACGAAAAAGUACAGGAGGACAUUGAACCGGUCGUUAAAAAUAAAAGCCGGUCUUUUUUCUCAAGAAAAGACCGGACUGAACCCGACCUGUUGUCGAGAAAUUCCCGGUUUUGCAUAUUUCCGUGCCUACCAUCCAGAAGCCGGUCGGGUAUUGAGGAGGGAAAAUAUUGUCAAGAAGACGAAAACACUAAUAAUAGGGGAUCAUUAGCUGAAAAAAUAUCUGCAAUAUAAAUUUUUUAAUUUUAGUAGAAAUAAUAAUUAAAUCUAUAGUUUCGAUUUUAAAAUUCCAUUCGUUAUAGCAAUUAGGCCUAGCUUAUAUCACAAAAUUUUCAAAAUCGAGAAAACUGAUUAUAUGUUUAUUCAUAGUAUGAUAUUUACAAUUUUUUAAAGCACAACUGGUAAUCCAUUUUCGACUAUUUGUAGCUCUUACUGUAAUUAGAUAUUGUUUUAUAGGCGUAUGUCUUGUGAAAAUGUGGUAUUAUUAUGCAUCACAUUAAGAAAUCGAGUUUGGGAGCAAAUUACCCAAAACCCUACUGACUCUUUCCAAAUUGAUCAAUAUGGGGUAUUGUGUACAAUAUCGGAAAUUGCCCCUUGCAUAAGAUGCAGAGAACUGACGGCCCUUCCGGACAUAUAUAACGUUGCUCAACACUGACCAGAAAUAAGGCGAACAUAAGUCGCAUGGGAAUUCACAAAUGAAGGAAGUAGAUUUCAAACCCCCUCACGUUGACUUUAGUAAGCCGAUGCUAGAUAGUUAGAUUAUCUUCUCAGAGAUCAAGCAGAUUUACCGUGCUGUGAUUUUUUAUCAGUUGUUGGGAAAUUUUUUCCAAAAAAGUACGACUCUUUCACGAAAAAGUGCGAGUCUUUUUGCGAAUGCUCUGCGAAUCAGAAAUUAAACUGCGCAUGCUUAGAAAGCUUCAUUGAUAUACUUCCCUUCAAACUUUUCUCUGCGCAAGACUUCUCAGCAUUUCCAUGUUUUGCCUUUCUUUCUUAACAAUGUCUUGCCUGCUUGCUUUGAUAAAGCAAUUCCUUACUAUCUCAAGUUUCAAGAAAAAUAUCAUAAAUUGUUUUAUAGAUAAGGGUAACUUCGAAGCUUUCUAUGUAGAUAUCUAAAAAUAUAUGCACUCAUUUUAAAAAGAUCAAUUUCUGAAUGUUCAGUCUUUUCCUAUACACAACUGUCUUCUUAAAAUUUAAUCAACUCAUACUCCCAUUUUAAUGUAUAAUUAGCAUUCCCUGUUGUUAGAAGAAAAUAUUUCUUUGAUUUUGUUUAUGUAGCUAACUGAGUCUGUAUCAAUCACACAUUUCUGGUACAUGGGAACAUACUGCACCAAGAUAAUUAAUCAUAACUUACCAAGGAAUUUUUCAUUUUUGUAUAUCACCCAAUUGAUUUGACCACAGGGGCUUUUAAGAAUAAAACAUAAAGAAAAUCGUGUUGCUUUGUAUUUUAGAAAGAUUUUACUAAUACUAAAUGCAGAAAGCAAAAUAA